UUCGCCUCACCUUACCUUUCAGAGACUCAUUCAGGAAGAAAGCUAGUCGUUUCAUGGAGCUCCAGCUCGGACUCUGCUCCAACUCCGGCGAUCACCCGCGGCAACAAAUGACAAUCUUUUACAACGGCCGUGUCUCCAUCUCCGACGUAACGGAGUUGCAGGCGAGAGCAAUUCUAGAGAUGGCGAAGAAGGAGUUGGAGAUGGAGGAGAAGAGGGGAGGAGGAGAAGCGGGGGAGGAGAUGAGAUCUGGCGCGUUGCCGCCUGUGCGAGUGAUGAAUCCGGGACAAUCGAUGAAGAGAUCGCUGCAGCGGUUUCUUCAGAAGAGAAAGAAGAGGAUAGCUGAUAGUUCUCCUUAUGGAGUCCGACCGCCUUUGUUGCAGUUAUUUUCUUCUUGAUUAUUUAGUUUUUUUUUUGGGAGUAUUGGAUUGGAGCCCGUUUAGAGUAAGUUAAGUCUGUAUUUGUUUGUUUUGUGUUGUUUUUGGUAUAUAUAUAAUUAUAAAGUGGAUGAAAUUUGGUGA